UAAGUAGCAUCACAAACACACAAGAAACUCAUCUUGUUCCAUACAUACUUUACGAAACAAAGAACAAAGUCAUUGAAAAUGUUUCGUAAGGUCUCUAUAGAAUCCUUGCUUCUCUUACUUCUCAUCAACUACUUGACUCAAAUCGAUGUUUCUUUCGCACAAUAUUCUCAGUAUUCGCAGUCCCAUGACUCUCCUGACAACUACCUCAGACCACACAACGUAGCCCGAGCCUUGGUCAGAGUCAAUCCUCUACGAUGGGACUUCGGCCUAGCCACUGUGGCUCAGGACUACGCAAACCAACUAGCAGCCGGUCCAUGCAGCCUCGAGCAUUCAUCUGGACCAUAUGGAGAGAACCUUGCAAUGGGCAGCGGAGACAUGUCAGCGGCUCAGGCUGUUGCGAUGUGGAUAGAUGAAAAGUCGUAUUAUGACUAUUACUCAAACUCGUGCCACGGAUCGGCUUGUGGGCACUACACGCAGGUCGUGUGGCGUGGCUCUGCUCGGCUCGGUUGUGGUAAGGGUAUGUGUGCCAAUGGUGCAAGCAUUAUCGUGUGUAACUAUGACCCUGCGGGCAAUUAUAUUGGAACUAAACCAUAUUGAUUUCAAACUGAAUUGAUGAAUGUGUAAAAGGAAUGUCCUGUUACUUUAUUUUGUCUAGAUUUCAGUACAUGAGAAAACAUUACUUGUUUUUCAAUGAAAUUAUCUAAAUUUAUUAGCAUAUAUAACCAUAUGUAUUUCUUUGGUUUUGUUUCUUUAGCUAAACCAUUGGUUUAGUUGUGAUUUAGUCUCCUUUAACUGAACCGCUUAUGUAUAAAUACACUACCAGUGUAUACUUUCUAUGGUUAAUGAGAAAGUUUAUUUUCAUCA